AUGCACCUACCGCUGUUUUGCUUCAUUGCCGCUGCACACAUCAUCUCGACGUCCGGGCAGUUCCAGACGAUGCCAGGCGGUGCGCGCGUACCCUUGCUCGUACCAGCGUGGUCGGAGACAAGUCUCAAGCUCGUGGCCGGAAGAGCGCUCCAAGCCUCGUUCAAGACGCGCUAUGCUUACUCUGGCGGCAGCAUUCGCGAGUUUCUCCGUGAGCCAGUCCGUGAGCCCAGGACCGCUCAAGCCGAAAUCGGCUUUCACCUGACGGAGGCUGACAUCAAGGCCCUUCAGCACAACACGGAGGGGCCCACGAACGCCAGGAUCGAAACCUUCCGCCAAAUAUAUGUCGAUGCGAUCGACAACUACGACCACUACGUCAAGGACGUCCAUUGGCGGCGAGAAGUCAAGUCCAAGUGCUUCGGGUGGCUCUUGACCACGAUGGCGUUGCUCAAGUUUUCCGUGUCCAUCCUCAAGUGGGCAGAAGCGUGGGGCGGUGCUCUCUACGGGUGGGUCUUUAAGAGCUUCGUACACAAGCUCGCGUCGGAACGCCAGCUCAAGCUCCGCGUUUCGGACUACAGCUCGUACUACAUAUUUUUCAAGUUGUCGGCCACGCUGACCAUCGACGACUCGUUUAAAGUCGUCAAGGGCGUGCCGAACGAGCAAGGUUGUCUCGACUACAUCGUCACUGACUUGUGCAGUAACACAUACUUUCAUCCGGGCUUUCCCACGUUCCCAGCGAUCGACGCCAUCGUCGUCACCCAGUUGACCAUUUACUUCCUCCAGAUCACCGUCUCAGAGCGGCCUCCGAUGGCGUCAAACGUGCAUUUGUAUUCCUGA